GGAAAAUAUUACUAAGCGAACAUCGGCCUGCAAAAUCCGACUGUUGAACAUACAAUUCACUUCCGCAAAAUGGCGGCUGGUGGCAGGACACAUUUUAUGCAGUUUUUUUCUCGGGACAAGGUGAACACUUUUAGACCAAAGAAAAAGUUUGAGCAAGGCACACUUAAAUUUAACCUACACAAGCAAGCAAAUGCUUCGCUGAAUUCAGGGAUAGAUCUAAAGGAGGUUGUAAAGUUGCCCUCAGGGGAAGAUCAAAAUGAUUGGGUUGCUGUUCAUGUGGUGGACUUCUUCAACAGGAUCAACCUCUUGUAUGGCACAAUCUGUGAAUACUGUACAGACCAAACAUGCCCAACCAUGUCUGGUGGGCCACGGUAUGAGUACAUGUGGUGUGAUGGCCACCACUACAAGAAGCCCACGGCCCUGCCAGCCCCUCAGUACAUCACCCUCCUGAUGGAGUGGGUGGAGUCACAGAUCAACGACGAAACCAUCUUUCCUAUCAAAGUUGGAGUGCCGUUUCCCAAGAACUUCCUGCAGACUGUGAAGAAGAUUUUGACACGGCUGUUCAGAGUAUUUGUUCAUGUUUACAUUCACCACUUCGACAAAUUAGUUGCCAUUGGAGCUGAAGCCCAUGUUAACACCUGCUACAAACAUUUCUACUACUUUGUUACCGAAUUCAGCCUUGUUGACAAGAAGGAAUUAGAACCACUGAAAGAAAUGACUGAAAAGAUCUGUCACUGAGAGCAAAGAGGAAUGAUACAUCAGUUGUUAUUAUAUAUACAUAAAUAUAUACUUGUUACUACCGGUAGACGCUAAAUGAUUGUCUCAUUAAUAUACAUGUAUGGCCCAACAUGGGAAUCUUGUAUCAUCUUUGCAAGAAUUCUUUACAAUUAAAAUUAUUUACAUGCUCAAAAAUAUUACUUACUGCAACAGAUAGCAACAGAAACACUGAAGCCCUAAAAGAAGAAAGUUAUGCAAGUCUCUUUUGCACAUUUUGUAAUGUUCUGCAGAACUUUCCACCUUAACUUGUUUUUUGCUAAAAAGAGACUUUUUUGAAACAAAAAAUAACAUCAAAGUUGAAAGUGUCGUCCCAUAUUAGCCUGAACGGAAUUUCACAGGCUCAUCUGGGACGUCACUUUAUGCACAUGCAUUUGUCAGGGAGCAUGGCUCAAUUGAUAACAUGUAUCUAGUGAUGAUGCAAAUCUGUGUACCUGGUACAUAAGUCUCAAUACAAAAGCUGUGGCUUUAAUUGUGAUAUGUAAUGGAAAAAGUCCAUUUCAAAAAAAUUGGGUGUAGUUAAACCCUUUACCAUUUAGAUAAGUAUUGUCAUUCAUUUAUAGUCCGUUACAAAGUUAUAUUUAAUUAAAGACCUUUCUUACUAGAUUCAAGUUUUUAAGGCUUCAUUUCUAACCCUUAGAUACUGAUUAGCAGCAAACAGCAUAAAACCUGAACAGACUACAAGUAACUUGCAGGCUGUUCUGGUUUUAUGUUGGUUGCAAAAGUCAUUUUCACUUUGCUUCUGAUGGGGAAAGGGUUAAAUGUUGAAAGCAAACCAUGGAAAUGCUCCUUUUGUGCAUACCCUUUUGUUAUAAUGUUUAAGCACAAUAAUUUCGGCUUCAUUUGCCAAUGUUGGAUACCAGUUCCCAUGCUGGGUUGUCACUGGGCAUGCCUCAGAUCAACAGAAUUUCCUGGAUUGUUGUGUUCAUUAGGGAUGUCUGUUAAUAUUUGAGUCACGUUCUGAGAAAACUGGGCCUAAUGCAUGUGCGUAGUGUCAUCCCAGAUCAGCCUGUGCAGUCCGCACAGGCGAAUGAGGGACGACACUUUCCAACUAAAUUGGAUUUUUGCUAAGAAGAGACUUCAUCUUAACAAAAAAUGUCAUAAAAGCGUAAAGUGUCGUCCCUGAUUAGCCUGUGCAGACUGCACAGGCUAAUUUGGGACGACACUUUACGCACAUGCAUUAUGCCCAGUUUUCUCAGAACACGACUUAUUUAAUUGUUUCUUUUACAAUUGUAAUGAAUCAAACUGUUUGCAUGAACAUGUAUGUACAAUAAUCUUCUAGGCUGGAUUCUUUUGUGUAUUUAUGUAAAAUUUUGCUCUCUUAAAAAAUGCAUACAGGUGUCAAGUAUUGGCAAAAAAUAAUGGCAUCGUCAAAUGAUUACUGGCUCACCAUAGCAUGAAUUGCUGAAGAUGAGCUAUUAUGAUCACCCCUUGUCUGAUUUGCAUCUGCCUGCAAUGUGCCUUGUAAAUAUAAGGCUAAUUGCACUCUAGAGCCAAAUUUUGUUUAUCAAAUCUGGAUGACACUUGCACAGAAAAGUUAUCUGGGCUAUAACAAGGUGGAGCUGGAGUGGGGGUAAUGUGAAUCCAAAAAAAAGGGAAUAAAAUCCUAGAAAAAAAUGUUACCAUUCCAGGGUCCACAUUGUAGAUGAGAAUUUUAUCUUGACAUUAUCAAGACUGAGUUUGACUUGGUCACAAGCUUCCAAAACUGGGUUACUAGGUCAAAUCUUAGGAAUGAAAUGCUUUACUUCUUUAAAUUCUACAUGUAUGAUGAAUUUUUUAGAUUGUUUAUAUUUACACUUUCUUAGCUGUGUUUGAUUGUAGAUCAAAAAGCAUUCAAAAACAAGGUCAGCCAUGCAAAUCUAAGAAAACCUUGUUACCACUCAAAACGCCACAUUUAUAAGUCAAUCUUGAUAAAAGAUUGCAAAUCUUGACAAUAUGAAUCCCAAGUUUUAAUCUAGAUCAAGUCUGAGAAAAAAACCUUGUUUCGCCAAUAGAGGCUACAUGUAUGACUCUUUCUAAAUGAAAUUUAAGCUGUUAUAUAUGUCGCGUUCUAUAAAACUGGGCAUAAUGCAUGUGCGUAAAGUGUUGUCCCAGAUUAGCCUGUACAGUCCGCACAGGCAAAUUAGGGACAAUAUUUUCUGCCUAAACUUGAUUUUCAGUAAGAAGGGACUUCCUUGAAAUUAAAAAUACCAUAAUAGCGGACAGUUUUGUCUCUGAUUAGCUUGUGCAGACUGCACAGGCUAAUCUGGGAUGACAUUUUACGCACAUGCAUUAAGCCCAGUUUUCUCAGAAGGCCAUAUUUGAAUCUGGGUCAAGUGGGUUCAGUCAAGAGUGUUUUUGUUCCAUCAUUGCCCUAUUAUUUUUAUGUUGAGUUUUGAUUUUUGUUUAUUUUGUUUGAAAAUUGUUUUAUGGUAUGUCUUACUUAAGCAAAACUGCAUAUUUCUUAUUCAGUUCAUUUUUGACAGGAUUUUGUGAUGGAAUAUCAUUUAGAUAAAACUGUUUAUUUACAGAAGAUUUCAUUGGAAUAUAUCAGCAUAUCCAUGAAAGAUUCCUUUACAGACUCCGCUGCUAACCUCAUAUUGAUGGUUUGCAUUAAUAUUAAUUACUGCAGAUACAACGGAUAUGUUUGUUUAUUUAAUAUAACAGAUGUGACUACACGAUAGUGAAUCUCUUUAAAUAAUUUUUGUUAAGUGGCAUAAUACAUGUUGAUGUCUUUAAGCAGGCAUACACUUGCAUAUUGUAGGUGUGUACACAUUAGUAGGAGUAUGAUGCAGACCUCAAAUUGUGCAUGUAUACAUUUUAAUAAGAACAUUUGGUACAACUAUUAAAAAGCAAUGUUAUGGCAGUUAAUAGAAUGUUUUUAAAUUUUACUUAGAGGUAGGAAAUGAGGCGGGAUUUAAAAAAACUAAAAUAUUGGGCCAGUGUAGUUGCUAGAUUAUUUUCCGUUUUGUAUUAUUGCUGAUCAUAAACUCAUAUGUCCAUGGUAUGGGAUACAGUGAACUCCUCCCAAUGACAAGAAGUCAAGGGAUUUGUAAGAAAACCGAGCCUUAUAAACUUAGAGUUAACUUAAGGUCUAUUUCUUUGUUUGCGCAAUUAAGAUUAAGUCAACUAUUAAUAUUCUUUUAAGCUCACCUGAGCACAACAUGCUCAUGGUGAGCUUUUGUGAUCGCUUUUUGUCCGUCUUCUGUUGUGCCGCAUCAACAUUUGCCUUGUUAACUCUCUAGAGGCCACAUUUAUUGUCCAAUCUACAUGAAAUUUGGUCAGAAGAUUGGUUUCAAUUAUAUCUUGGAUGAGUUCGAAAAUGGUUAUGUUUGCUCGAAAAACAUGGCUGCCAAGGGGCGGGGCAUUUUUUCUUUUAUGGCUAUAUAUGGCUUUUGUAAAAUCUUGUUAACACUCUAGAGGCCACAUUUAUUAUCUGAUCUUCAUAAAACUUGGUCAGAAGAUUCAUCCCAAUAAUAUCUUGGAUGAGUUUGAAAAUGAUGCCGGUUGGUUGAAAAACAUGGCCGCCAGGGGGCGGGGCACUUUUCCUUAUAUGGCUUUAGUAAAACCUUGUUAACAUUCUAGAGGCCACAUUUAUUUUCCAAUCUUCAUGAAACUUGCUCAGAAGAUUGUCCCACUGAUAUCUUGAAUGAGUUAAAAAAUGGUAACCUUUGCUUGAAAAACAUGGCUGCCAAGGGGCGGGGAUUUUUUCCUUAUAUGGCUAUAGUAAAAUCUUGUUAACACUCUAGAGGCCACUUUUAUUGUCCAAUCUUCAUGAAACUUGGUCAGAAGAUUCAUCCCAAUAAUAUCUUGGAGGAGUUUGAAAAUGAUGCGGUUUGGUUGAAAAACAUGGCCCCCAGGGGACGGGUCAUUUUUCCGUAUAUGGCUAUAUAUAGUAAAACCUGGUUAACACUCUAGAGGCCACAUUUAUUGUCCAAUCUUGAUGAAAUAUGGUUAGAAGCUUUGUCUUAAUUAUAUCUUGGAUGAGUUCGAAAAUGGUUACGUUUGCCUGAAAAACAUGGCUGCCAAGAGGAAGGGCAUUUUUUCUUAUAUGGCUAUAUAAGGUUAUAGUAAAAUCUUGUUAGCACUCUAGAGGCCACAUUUAUAGUUUGCUCUUCAUGAAACUCGGUCAGAAGAUUCAUCCCAAUAAUAUCUUGGACGAGUUCAAAAAUGAUGCCGGUUGGUUAAAAAACAUGGCCACCACGGGGGCGGGGCUAUUUUCCUUAUACAUGUGUAUGGCUAUUGUAAAACCUUGUUAACACUCUAGAGGUCACAUUUAUUUUCCGAUCAUCAUGAAACUUGGUCAGAAGAUUUGUCCCAUCGAUAUCUUGGAUGAGUUCAAAAAUGGUUUUGGUUACUUUAAAAACUUAGCCACCAGGGGCGGGGCAUUUUUCCUUAUAUGGCUAUAUAUGGCCUUAGUUAAACCUUGUUAACACUCUAGAGGCCACAUUUAAUGUCCAAUCUUCAUGAUAUUUGGUCAGACGAUUGGUCUCAAUGAUAUCUUGGACGAGUUCGAAAAUAAUUUUGUUUAUUUGAAAAAAAUGGCUUCCAAGGGGCGGGGCAUUUUUCCUUAUAUGGCUAUAGUAAAAUCUUGUUAACACUGUAGAGGCCACAUUUACUGUCGAUCUUCAUGAAACUUGUCAGAAGAUUCAUCCCUAUAAUAUCUUGGACGAGUUCAAAAAAGGUUGCCGGUGGGUUGAAAAACAUGGCUGCCAGGGGUCGGGGCAUUUUUCCUUAUAUGGCUAUAGUAAAACCUUGUUAACACUCUAGAGGCCACAUUUAUUUUCCAAUAUUCGUGAUACUUGGUCAUAAGAUUUGUCCCAAUAAUAUCUGGUUUUCUCAGGUGAGCGACUUUGGGCCUUUCAGGCCCUCUUGUUGUUGUUUGCAACAGAUUAUGAAGCCAGAUCAAUGGCUGGCAUGUGUAAAGCAGACAUUGAGUUUUUAAUACAUCCAAAUACUAGAAUAACUGUUACAAUGCACCAAUAAUUUUAAUGAACAUCUUAGUUUUGAUACGGCAUUUUAUACAGUCAGAGAAAGUUUAUUUCUUUAAAUAGUAUACAGUGAAAGAAUGGAUAAACUCAUAAAACAUAUGCAUUAACAAAACUGAAUGUGAAUAUAUGAAAUACAUAAAAAGCGUAUUGUAUGAUUGCAAAGAUUAUUGGUGCUGAGUUGAUGUGUCAUGGCCAUAUUGUAGUGCAGACCUGUGUUGCUGUUGUCAUGGAUUGCUAAGUAUGAAUCUGUCAGUGCCUUAGUAGUUGUCAUUCUGAUUGGUUUAAUCAUGAAUUGUCAACCUGAUGAGGCACUGCUGAAUAGUGGACAUUUAAUGAAGAGCAAGGCACAACUGUGUGUUUGCAAGUUAACUUCCACAUAAAAUAGUAUGAAGUAUCUCCCCAUUUUAAUUGUGCAAGAAGCACUUUUUAGCUUGGCUGUUUUCGGAGAAAACCCGAAGUAUUGUCAUAGCCAGCUUGUCGUCAGCCGUCCGCCGUGCUAAAACCUUAACGUUGGCUUUAAAAUCAAAGUGCGUCCACCUACAACUUUGAAACUUCAUAUGUAGAUGCACCUUGAUGAGUUCUACAGGCCACACCCAUUUUGGGUCAAAGGUCAAGGUCACUGUGACCUCUACAAAAAUAUUUUUUAAUCUGAAGUUUUCAUGUAUUCACAAAAGCACCCGCAGCCGAGCGUUGGCACCCGUUAUGCGGUGCUCUUGUUCAAGAAUCACAUCAUUUUGUAACUGAUGUCAGUGGUAUCUGAUCUUUUGAUGCUUCCUUUUUUCUUUGUUUACAAUUUUGUUCUUAUGUUAUUGUUUUUCUAUUGCAUGUUUUUGUCAGAUUAUUGCAUAACCUAUGUGUGCCAAUUGUAAAUAAUGACAACUAUUAUAUUUCUAGUUUGAUUGCAGGUUUUUUAAUAGGUUUACAUGCAUUUCUUUGCUUCAAAACUCAAUGUGUAUGAAUUAUUAUAGAGACCAGUUUUUUAAAUUAACAAAUCUUGAACCUUUAUAACAUUAAAAAAAAAAUUAAUUAAAGGACAUAAUAGGUGAAAGUUAAAGUGAUACUAGUUACGGUUUUAUUCUUUGAAAAACUUUAAUAUUUAUUGAUAAACAGAAUGUUUACCAUAUAUGUUAACUACAUUUUUUAAUACUAAUAAUCACCCGUUAGUUCUAUGGCGUACCUGUAAUAUUUAAAAAUUAUUAUGUGUAACCAAGAUCAGAUCUCAUAUUUUCUAAUAAUCUUAAAAUAAAUAACAAGUAGCAUGUGAAUAACUAUGCAUUAAAAUGUAAUGUUUAAGCACUUUUAUAUUAUAGUGUUGAUCCUUACAAAUUUCUCAUGUUAUUAAUUGAACUGAUUUUUAGCUCGGCUGUUUUCAGAGAAAACCCGAGGUAUUGUCAUUGCCAGCUCGUCCUGUCCGCUGUCCGUGUCAAGGUUUGUUUAGGUUUUUUAACAUUGGCUCUAAAAUCAAAGUCCUUCCACCUACAACUUUGAAAUUUCAUAUGUAGAUGCACCUUGAUGAGUUCUACAUGCCACACCCAUUUUGGGUCACUAGGUCAAAGGUCAAGGUCACUAUGACCUCUAAAAAAAAAAAAUCUGACUAGCUUUCGCAGCCGAGCGUGGCACCCGUUAUGCGGUGCUCUUGUUAGGUAUUUUACGUGCCGCGUGAUACCGACUUAUAACAUAUGUAAUAUUUUUCUGUCAAUGCCUCACAUAUUACUGAGGCUAUUUCUUUUGUAUCCUGUACAAUUACUCUUCUUUUAAAUAAAACUGAUAGAAAAUCA